AUGUCCGGUAUUGUCCCGACAUCGUCCCGGCAUCGUCCUGGCAUCGUUCAGGCAUCAUUCAGGCAUAGUCCUGGCAUAGUCCCGGUAUUGUCCCGACAUCGUCCCGGCAUCGUCCUGGCAUCUCCCGGUAUUGUCCCGAUAUCGUCCCGGCAUCGUCCCGCAUCGUCCCGGCAUCCUGUCGUCCUGGCAUCGUUCAGGCAUCAUUCAGGCAUAGUCUGUCCUGGCAUCGUCCCGGCAUCGUCUUGCAUCGUCCCGUUCAGGCAUCGUCCUGGCAUUGUCCCGACAUCGUCCCGGCAUCGUCCAGGCAUCGUCCUGGCAUCAUCGGCAUCAUUCAGUCCCGGCAUAGUCCGGCAUCCCGACAUCGUCCCGCAUCGUCCCGGCAUCGUCCUGGAAUCGUUCAGGCAUAGUCCUGGCAUAGUCCCGGUAUUGUCCCGUCCCACAUCGUCCCGGCAUCGUCCUGGCAUCGUUCAGGCAUCAUUCAGGCAUAGUCCGGACAUAGUCCCAUCGUCCAUCGUCCUGGCAUCGUUCAGCAUUGUCCCGGCACAUCGUCCUGGCAUCGUCUUGGCAUCAUUUCCCGGCAUCGUCCUGGCAUCGUCCCGGUAUUGUCGAAUCGUCCAGUUCAGGCAUCGUCCUGGCAUCAUCUCUAAAAUCGCAUCCGUGUCCUUUGUUGACAUCGUCCCGGCAUCGUUCCGGCAAUCGUCCUGGCAUUUUCAUACGACAAAACCCUUUUCCCAUUGUCCCGACAUCGUCCCGGCAUCGACGAAAUCGUUCGUUCAGCAAGACCAUCUUGUUUCGUCCCGGCAUCGUUAUUUCCGUCGUCCUGGCAUGUUUAGCAUCGAACAAUAUUGCAUAGUCCUAACCUUUGUCCCAACUCCCGGCAUCGUCCCGCAUCGUCUUGGCAUAAGACGGCACCGGUAUUGUCUCGAGCGAAACGACGUCUUGGCAUUCCCAUCAUAUUCUGUUGGUCCUGGCGCAGGUCCCGGAUUGUCCCGAGCAUCCCCCGAACCGCUGCUUGGCAUCGUCCAGGCAUCGUUCAGGCAUCAUUCAGCAUCUGGCAUCGUCGACUCCUUGGCAGAGAAUACGUCCUCACCGAUCACUCAUUCAGGCAGUCCUGGCAUUAACUUGUUCCCAGCAUCGUCCCGCAUCGUCCUGGAAUCGUUCUUCAGGCAUGGGCAUAGUCAACCCAUUAUCUUAGUCCUGGCAUCGCCCAAAUGCAUCAAAUUGAACCCGACAUUCCCGGCAAUGAAGUCCUGGCAUCGUCAGGCUAUCUAUUUACUAAAUAGCCUUGUAGCAAUCCCGCAAUUUCACUCAAUUGAAUGGCAUAACCCGGAUUGUCAAUCGUCCCGGCAUCGUCCGGCAAAGUGGCAUCGUCCUGUUAGGGAAACGACUAAUAUUACGAUUACUAUCUAUCUAUCUAUCUAUCUAUCUAUCUAUCUAUCUAUCUAUCUAUCUAUCUAUCGUAUAAGCAGAUAA